AGCAAUCAUUAGUCUUGUACAGAGUCCUGCUCCGUGCAGAUUACAAGGGUGAUCCUGGGCGCAGGACCCAUCGUCAACAGGUGUCACCCAUGUCUCAGUGUCGUCAUCUAUCGGGCGAGAUCAGCAUUAUAGUGACAUGGAGACUGCCGCUGCAAUGAACGUGAACUCUACUAUUCGUUGAGCGUUUCUCCAAAACGCCCAAUUUUACCUGUGUGGAGUUUAUGAAAAAGCUUUACCCUAAGAGGCUGAAGACAUCAGAAUGGGAUAAAGCGAUAGACGAGUGUUCUGAAUGUUCUUUAUAGUCGUGUUACUUGUGGACUAUUUGUAAAGACAUUUAAACGAAUCAUGAAUUUAUCUACAGAUAUGUUUUGACUGUCUAAUCGAAGUUGCGUGUUGAACAAUCUUACAUAUAUAUAUACGUACUGAAUGUUAGCUAUGUUGUUAGAAAUGUGGUAAUCACGUAAGAACACAGUUCAGUACAUUUGCCACGAUCUCAGUGUUAGUAAAAUUGAAAUUAUCUGUGAUCUCCAUGUGUUUAUUACCAUCAGAUCUCAUUGGCCGAGCCACCAAUUGAAUGUUCACUAUAAUGGUUUAUGUUGUUGCAAGUGGUUGUUGUUGUUGACGAGAAACAAUGAAGAGUAGUUGUGAUGGAAAGUGUUUAACAUCCCAUUUCUUCUAGUCACCAAUAUCACCACUACACAUGUAUAUAGACUGGGAUAGUUACGCAGUUAUGGGAAUUAAGACUAUGAAGUCAUUCAGUAGACCUAGAGAUAUACCGACCCAGGUGCCGCCUCUUACUCCCGGCACCAACAAAAAAAUGACAGAGGCGCUGAAGGCGUCUUUUGCUUCGUGGGAGAAAGAACAGUUAAGAUUAAACAUUGUUAAAGACCCCAAGCUGUGGAACGAAGCGAACGUGGCGCAUUGGCUGUGCUGGGCGAUCAGGGAGUUCUCGUUGGAGGGCGUUACAAUGCAUCAGUUCCACAUGAAAGGAAAGGACAUGUGUGCCAUGGGCAAGGAGGCCUUCCUAGCACGUGCGCCGCCCUUCAUGGGAGACAUCUUGUGGGAGCACCUGGAGAUCCUGCAGAAAGAAGUGGAGAAGGAAAGGUCGGCACUGGAGAACGUUCCGCCUAACAUAUACGAAUCAGUGUGUGUGCCUGACCUUAGCGAGUACCUCGGGGACUAUCACUCCCUGGCAGGCGGAGACCAGAAGGUGGCCAGCAGUGGUACAAGUAGUGGCGGUGGUCAUCCACCCUCCGCUGUCACCCCUACACCUGCCAGCAACGCGUCUAGUUAUCUGCAUGAUGCAGGCUACAGCCACCUGCGGAGUCCCGCAGUGUGCGGCACGACGCGAGACGCCGCGGCGGAUUGCGGCCGUGAUGAGGCGUCACCUCCUCCCGCUGCCCCACCUUCGUCAGGCUUCAUUCACCUCCGGAGCCCCGUCUACCAGCUCAAAGAAGGUGGCUACAAUCAACUGGGGGACGCCACUAUGCAGCAGCUGGGUGGCGGCGGCAGUGACCUGGCGAGCGGGUCAGCGGGGAGCGACGACCCACCAUCUGCCGGUGGUGCAGUGAGCUACAGUACCGUGACGCCACAGCACCAGGGGCAGCACUACGAGCCUCCAGAUCACGAGUACCACUCUCUGGAUAGUGGCAAUCACCACCCAAACCCAUACAUCGACAGCUCUCCAGAGUUUUAUUCGGCGCCACCUCCGUCUUCGCUCUUGGACACCAAGUAUCAAGCGCAUUACGUCAAGAGCUACCCGCGCGGUCGUUAUUCACAUCAUGAUGCCUACAGUGACGCAUACAGUUCUCCUUACGACUCUACACCGUUCCAGACUGUUCCAAAUAGCACAGCUGAACACUGGGGUUCUGGCCCGGAUAUGGUGCAAGGAGGUCCACAUCCUCACCCUGCCUUCUUGCAUUCAGGUCCAGGCAGGGAUGCUCUUGGCCAUGCGGUGACUCCCAAUGGUGACACAAAACCGGUGCUUCAGUCGUCCAUGCUUGCCGGGUACUCUGGUGGUGGGCCGUGUUUCACAGGGUCGGGCCCAAUUCAGCUCUGGCAAUUCCUGCUGGAGCUACUCACAGACAAAUCAUGCCAGGGUUUCAUCUCUUGGACGGGUGAUGGCUGGGAAUUCAAACUGACAGAUCCUGAUGAGGUUGCACGCCGAUGGGGGAUUCGCAAGAAUAAGCCCAAAAUGAACUAUGAGAAAUUGAGCCGUGGACUGAGAUACUACUAUGACAAGAACAUCAUCCACAAGACAGCAGGAAAACGCUAUGUGUAUCGUUUUGUAUGUGACCUCCAAAGUUUGAUGGGGUUAACUCCAGAAGAACUUCAUGCAAUGGUGGACUUGAAGCCAGAGAAGAAGGAUGAUGACUGAAAAGACUGUCCUAAUUUGCUGCCACAUGAUUGUAACACCUUUCAGACUCAACCAACUUAACAGCUGCUACAAUCCUCUAGACUCGUUGCUUAGUAGCUGUGGUAAGGCUCAACACAGGUUGCCAGACAAGUCUGGACCUAACAAUCUAUACAUAAACAGUAACCAGUCACAUUGUCUUGUCUGUGCAGACUGGGAUUUCUAAAUUUCAGUUACAAAAAAUACAAUAAAUCAGCACUUGACCAAAACAAAGUGUUAUGCCUCAUACUUGUGUUACAGAGGUAUGGGGUUAGUCACGAAAUCAUUUUAUUUCAAACAAGUCAUCCUCUGCACAUGGAUAUGUGUUGUAGGAUUCUUUACAAGUGAUAAAUGACUGACAGGUCGACAGUUUAAAAUGCUCUCUGUUGAAACAUUUGGAAGAAAAAGCGUCCUUCCAGUAACCAAGCUUGUACGUUAAGUCUUGGUCGUGGAUACCAGUUUCAUUCAUGCUCUUGGUUUUGUUUUU